AUUCGAUGAUGAUGAUGAUGAUGAGGGUUGAGAAGUAGUAGUGGCGUCGAUCUAGGAGUUUGGCCAAGACAACUACAACCACCGUGUCUAUUCGCCCAUCUUUGUCUGUUUAUUUGUGUCGGUAAAAAAAAGUCGCCCCUUUUUCCAACAUUUCAGCUUCUGAUGUAAAUGGUUUAGUUUUUUUUCGAUUCAACACACAUUCGUCGAUAUCAAGACAAAUGUUUUUUUGUGCUUGUAUAUUUUUGUGAAAGCAAGUUUUUGAAUCUUCAUUAGGAUCGAAACGAUUGAACAUCCAAAAUAAACAGCACAUACAAUCAACUUAUCGUUUGAUGGCCACAGCUACACAAUAACUUCAUGAGCAAUUUAAUUAUGCCCGAUGUUUGAUAAUUUUUUGCAUUGAAACAAAAAUAACAACAAAUCGAAUGUUCACAUCAAUUCAUCGACAAUUGAUUCGAUUGAAAAAGCAAGAAAGAAUUUGGAAUUCAUACCGAUAAAUUUCAAUUGAUGACAUUUUAAACAAAAGAUUGAAAAAUGCCACAAAAUCAACAACGUUCACCGUCGACCGAUGAACAACAAGAAAGAUUGCUUGACGAAUCAUUGAGCAUCGUCAAAUUACAAUCAUUUCAUAUGAAAUGCUGUCUAGAUAAAGGUAAACUAAUGGAAGCUUUGAAACAUGCAUCAAAUAUGCUAUCCGAAUUACGUACAUCGGCUUUAGGCCCAAAAUCCUAUUAUGAAUUAUUUAUGGCCGUCACCGAUCAAUUACGACAUCUUGAAAUGUAUCUUGUUGAUGAAUUUCAACGUGAUCAUAAAGUUUAUGAGCUUUAUGAAUUGGUACAAUAUGCUGGAUCAAUUAUACCACGCUUAUACUUACUUAUUUCGGUUGGUCUUGUUUAUAUGAAAACAUCACCACAUUGUCGCCGUGAGAUACUCAAAGAUCUGGUUGAAAUGUGUCGAGGUGUACAACAUCCUCUUCGUGGAUUGUUUUUGCGAAAUUUCCUUCUGAUGACAUGUCGUCAUGUUCUCCCCGACCAACCAGCUGAAAAUUUAGGAAAUUAUGAAGAUAAUAGAAAAGUAAUGCUAAUGAAUCAUGAUGGACAACAACAGCAAACACAAUUUGUCAGUUCAACAUUGACCAAUGCAAUCACACAGCAACAAAAUGUUGAUAAUAAGGUUGCCGAUACAGCUACCGUCAUGGAUUCAAUCGAUUUUGUAUUGACUAAUUUUGCUGAAAUGAAUAAACUUUGGGUUCGUAUGCAGCAUUUGGGUCAUACUCGUGAACGUGAACGUCGAGAACAAGAACGGCUCGAACUUCGGCUAUUAGUCGGUACGAAUCUUGUUCGUCUAUCACAAUUGGAAUCUGUCAAUGUAGAAAUGUAUUCUCGUGUCGUGUUGCCUGGCAUUCUUGAGCAGGUGGUUUCUUGUAAAGAUGCUAUCGCUCAAGAAUACCUAAUGGAAUCGUUGAUUCAAGUUUUUCCCGAUGAAUUCCACUUAUCAACGUUGAAUCCAUUUCUUAAUUCAUGUGCACAAUUGGCUCCUGAUGUAAAAGUCAAAAAGAUCAUUAUUGCAUUGAUCGAUAGGUUGGCCCAAUCACACGAUGUUCCGUUGCCGGAAGAUUUGUUUGACACAUUCAGUAAACAAAUCAGUAAUAUAAUUGCCAAUCGACCGACUAUUGCCAUCGAAGAUAUUAUCAGCAUGUAUAGUUCGUUGAUUAAUUUUUCAUUGAAAAAAAUGGCCGACUCAGCCAAACGCGAAGAGGCAAUCAAUUCGGUCCUUGGAUCGACGCUGAAAGCUAUUCAAGACAUGAAUGUUGUGACCAUAAAUAUGCGAUCAAACCUAGGCAAAGAAAUGUGUCGAUUUUUAAAGAUGCCAUUCAAUCUGGGCAAUUCUAAUUCCACUUAUCUUUCCAACGAUACUGAUGGUUCAACAAAAAACAAGGAGGAAUAUGGACUCAUCAAAAUGAGCCUCAAGUUAACCAACUACAAAAAUCUGGUCAAAGAAACCACUGAUAUAGAGCUCCAUAAGCAGAUCAUUUUGACACUUAUCAAUGCUACUCUUGAAAAUUACAGUGAAGAUUAUCUAAGGCCAGAAGAUCGUCUAACGUCGUCAGAAAUACAAACCUUUUUAACCGAACUAUGUGGACCAUUGGUGAAUGGAACGAAUCAGGUGAUUGUGGUAAAUAAUUCUAAAUCGUCGCCUCAAAAACAACCACAACCUGAUGUUCCAGUCGAUGAUCAAGACGAAGAAUUCAUCGAUGAACAGUUGUUAUUAUCAAGGUUUAUCCACUUUCUUUUAUUGCCUCAAUGUAUUGAUGCUGGUGAAACAUCCAUACAAAACGGCCAAACAGGUGGCAAUGAAAAUGGUGGUGAAUGUUUAAAUGACAUUGAUGAUUCUCGAUCGUCAUCAUCAUCACAAUUACUUGACACCACUUAUCUGACAUUGGGUUCGAUCAAAAAAAUUCUUGCCACUGGUGGUUCAAGCCGUAUUCGAUAUACAUACCCAUCAUUAGUUUUUGAAGCUCUACAAUUAUCAUUGCGAUACAAGAAAAUAAAAGAUACAGAUGAUAAAUGGAUUAAAAAAUGUCAGAAAAUCUAUCAAUUUGUCAAUCAACUUAUCGUUACAUUGUUGAAGGAAGGAAACUGUCCGGAAUUAUGUCUUCGUUUAUUUCUUGAAGCAGCAUUGAAUGCUGCUAAAUCGGAAAUUGGUGAUUUCGAAUCAAUUAGCUAUGAAUUCAUUAGUCAAGCGUUUUCCAUUUAUGAAGAAGAGAUAUCAGAUUCUAAGGAGCAGACCCUAUGUUUGCUGUUGAUCAUUGCAACUGUUAAGAACAUUAAAUUCGAUAAUAUUGAAAAUUUUACUCCACUUCGAAAUCAAUGUUGCCUUAAUUGCGGUAAACUAGUGAAAAAGAGCGAUCAAUGUCGGGCAUUAUUAACGGCUAGCAUAUUAUUCGUCACCAAAGACGGAACACUUGAACCCGAAAUAUUGAAAUGUUUCCGUAAAUGUUUAAAAAUCGCCAGCAGCGUUUUGGAUAUUGCCCUACAAUUACAAUUGUACGUUGAAAUCCUGUCACAUCUUACCCUGUAUGUUCGAUAUAAGAAUGAAGACAUUGACGAAAUUAUAUGUUCGUUGAUCAAACAAAUCAAUGAAAAAAAUAACGAUACUCCAUUAUCCGAAUUGGCCAACAAACAAUUUCAAAAUUCGCUUGUUUUUUUUCGCAAGUCCGGUAUGAAUAUAGGGGCCGAAUGAAUACAGAAUUCCACUCUCUUUCUCAAUGAUCACAAUCAAUUCUCAUUGUUUUUAUAAGAACACAGCUUUUUUCUCUCAAUCAAUCAAUUUCGCAAUCAUCGAAAUUAUUAUUUAGCUAUCAUUUUUAUUUCAAUAUUUUUCAAAUUGAUUUUUCUAUCAAUCAAAUCCAUAUAUAGCCGUCGUAUGUUGGGAUAUUAUCCUAUGAAAUUGUCUUAUUUUUCCUUCUA